UAAUGUGUUUAAUGCCGUCAAAUCACACGGAAGAAGCAAGAUUUUCCGUGUCUUGAAACUCUUGAUCAAAGAUGUUACCCAAACAGCUGUUCUUGGGUUACAGACCUGAAGAAACUUGGCAUAGUUUAGCCCUGAAGGCAAAGCAAGUCAGGGCUUACGGGGUGGGGCACUGGCCAGCCAGAUAUUACUACUAAAGAGCUUUGUUUCAUGGAGACUGCAGGAAUGAUGAAACCUUCUAAAUGGGAAGCAAGCAAGCAGAGGAGAUCAAGAAUCUCCUUCUCAAGAUAAUAAUUCCCUUGGCUUUUCCCCUGGCAGGUUCUUUUAUCUGCGGCCUCAUAGCAGAUAGAGCAAUCAGGCACAGUGACCUAGACUCAUCUGAUAACUCAAUCCAGUUGGAUCAAUCAUCGUCAGACGGUUUGAGAUUGAUUCAAGGAGAGGAGGGAGGAGGAGAAAUGGAGUCCCCGAACCGGGCGCCGCGGAAGCUGGUGCAAGCGGAGACCCCCUACAGCACCGGCAGGCUCGUCGGCGGUGGACAUGCGAAGCAGGCUUCUCUCACUGAAGAAAUCGUGGUGGCGCAGGACACCGAGAGCUCAUCGGAAGUUUCAGUCAACAACCAGAGGCUCCAGGACGUUCAGGGGACGCCCGCCGGCGCCGAAGAGGUCGGGAGCCUGAAGCGCGUGGUGUCGGCCCUCGAAGAGCGGGCCGCCGGCAUCGAGAAGCGGUUCCAGGACUACUGUGACGCGAAGGAGCAGGAGGCGACGUACCAGAAGAUGCAGAUCAUGUGCCUGGGGAUGAAGCUGGAGCUGCUAGAGUCCCAGAACCAGCGGCUUGAGGCGGCCGCCACGGAGAUCCGGGCCGCCGCCGAAGAGUUCGCCGUGAUGCGGGCGGGCCUCGACGCGCUGCAGAGCAAGUUCAGGAAGGUCGCCAAGAAGAGCAGGCAAGAGUUCGACGCCAUUGAUGGGAGGAUCCUGGCCUUGGAUGCCCGGGAGGCAGAGAUGGCGGCGAGGUGCCGAGGCUUUGAGCAGCUCAUGGCGGAGAUGAAGGAGCUGGUUUCGCAGCUGCAGAAGGGGAAAGGAACAGACAGUGAGAGCGUGGAGGUCGCCGUGGAGAGGAGCAUGCGGAAGCUGUCGAGCAGCAAGGACCUGCUGGACGGGAUGGGGGUGCUCCGGGACCGGUGGGCGGCGGACAUGGAGGAGCUCAUCUACCUCGGCUGGAUCACGGCGUGGCUGCAGCACGACCUCCUGGUCAGCGACGGCGAGGGCGGCGCCGCCAAGGGCCCGGCGGCGAUUGGGGACGACGACGACGAUGGCACCCACCCGACGGCGGAGGAGCAGCGCAAGAAGGGGGAGAAGAUGGUGGCGGUGGCCGCGCCGAUCAACGAGGUGGAGCUCCGCAAGACGUCGUCCAACGCGUCGUCGUGCGCCGCGGGAGAGGAGUCGUGCAUGGGGCUGGCGGGCUGCAGGACGGGAAUCGGACGCCCGAGAUUGCUCCGCAAGAUCAGAAGGUGGGCCAAGGGAAAGGGUCCAAGCAAGAGCAGUGAGUGAUGAAUAAUUCAUUGGUGCUGAUUAAUUUGCUUGUGAUCACUCGUGAGAAUAAUGUAUGUUUGAGUCAAAUUGCGUUGUUGAAAGAUAAUAAAUAUGGUGCAUA